CCCCGUCCCGGCCCAUCCGCACAGCUGGCCCAACCGCCCGGCAGCAGGCAGCCGGAGCCCUCCCGCCCGCCCGCCCGGCGCUGCCCCGGCUCGGACCCGGCUCCAGCCCCGACCCUGGCGGCUCCCGCGCUCCUUCCAGCGCCGCGCCUCCGAUGAAUGGGGUUCUCCUGGCGUCCUCAACUCGCCGGAGCUGCCACCGUCUCCGGACUCUCGGCGCGCGGAGCUGCCCAGCGCUCCUCGGUCCCCUCGGGGGGUGCCCGGGCCGCGCCCCAAGUGGGCUCGUCGAGGAAGGAAACGCGGACAGGAGAAUCGAGCUCGAGACGAUCGGCCGCAGGAUCCGAAGAGGUUCCCGACACCCCAAGGCAGCGCCCCGACGGGAGCCGAGAGCGGGAGAGGGAGCACGAGCGCGAGCACGAACGCGAGCGGGAGCGCGCCCGGGACCUAGAAGAAGACUGGGAGAGAGAGCUGAAUAGCCAGCGUGACCCGGACCGAGAUCGGCGGAGAGACCAGGACAGAGACUGGGACCCGGCCUGGGAGCGCGAGCCGGAGCGGGAGCGCGAGCGCGAGCGAGAACGAGAACGAGACCAAGACCGGGAGCAAGACCUAGACCGGGAGUUGGGGGCAGGAGACCAAGGGCACCCGCAGGCCAGAGCUAGGCUCCUCUAGAGGUAUUCGGGACUGUGUCCUCACAGCUGUCCUGAUCUUCUGGAGAACUUACAGAUCGAGUUGUUUGGCAUCUGCGCUAUCUUCAGGCCCGAGCCAAGCGGAAAGCAGGAAAUACCUGGCAGUCCAUGACCGUAGGACCCUUCACUUGCCAUGGAGCCCUUCGACAACUGCCCUGAGGCCCCUUCUGAGCAUGCACCCAAUGGGUAUGCAGGCCUGAUUUUAAGCCAGGACAGCACUGAGAUAGAAGCAGCUGGGGCGAUGGAGCUCAGCAACCUGGAAAACUCUGCUGCAGUGGACGGCCAUUCAAAAGAAGAAACAAGCUGGCUCAAGAAGAAAGCCAAAGUCAAUAAGAUUUGGAAUUUUGUCAGCCGGAAGAAAGGGCCUCUGGGACAGGGGAAGAGGCCCCAGUCCAUGAUUGUCCUCAGCAGCCCCACGAGGCCCUCCGAGACUAAACCGAAAAUCACCUUCAUGGACCGAAUGAAAUCCAUUAAGAGGCUCCGGUCAUCUUCGGGUUUGGGCAAGGGUGCCACUGAGAGGAGUUUCAAAGCCCAGCCCAGCCUCAACUGCCCCGGCGACCAAGAAGAGGGCAUUUGGCAGAAAGACCUUUACAGAGUCAGGAGGCCGUUGGAUAACCAGAGGCUGUUUCGUCACUCCUAUGCAGGGCACACGGAGGGCCUGGAAGACUGUUUCGGAGAUGUAGAGUUCAACAUACCAGUCCCUGAGUUGGAAGCCAGUGAUGGGAAAGGCUCCCGGGAUCUUGACAUACAGACAAACGAAGAAGACCAGGAAGGAAUCGGGCCUCUAGAGGUCGAGGACCCCCAAAACGACAAUGAGAAUGUUGCAUCCCAGGUGCUGAGGGCCUCCCAGGACUGCCGGAAGCGGUGCCAGACCCUCCCGCAGGAGAACCGCCGCAGGAGGACCUCUGACGUGUGGAGCUAUCUGAAAGGGAUCUCCUUGGCAAACCGAGACAAUUCCAAGACCACCGAGGCAGAGCCAGAGAGCAACUUCCGAGGCAUGGAAAAUGCAGCGAGGAACUCCACUCUGUUUUUGGGCUUUGAGUCAGGCCAUGAAGAAAGCUCUAGACAAAUGAGAAGGGGUAGCAGCACCAACAAGGCCACACACUUUGGGGGCGUCUUCAGAUUCUUCACCAACAUGGCGGAAGCAGCCAGGAAGUGGCGAGGGUCUUCCAGGACACCCUUUCCAGAAGAACCCAAAUCUUCGUCUAAGAGACACCCACUCCAGCUGCUGGAGGUGCCAGGGGAAAACCGUGUCCCAGCUUCCUUCCUGAUGAGGCUGUCACUUCAAUCUCCCGAUAUCUGGGAUCACUCACAUAUUCAGACUUCUACGUGGAGAAAUGAUAGACUGCAGAACCACAACACAGAAUCUAUUCAUGUUACUUAUUCUUUGGAAUUGAACAGUAAGAGCCAAAGCUUGGGCCAGGUCAUUUGCUCCCAACCUGACAUCUCUAUGCUCUCUCUCCCAACCCUUCAAGGGGAGGGUCAGAUUUCACCAGCCCCCCUGGCCCAGCCCCCACCUCGUGGACUCUCCGAGGCUCAGCCUCCUUCUCCAGGCUUCCCCGAACAGCUCGAAACAACUGGCGGCUGCCUAGGAGAGAAGGAACACCGCGGCGGCAGAUGCUCUCAACUGAACGAGGAGGCUGCUGGGGCCGAGCAGUCUACGAGCGAAUUGACCUCUAAAAAAAGACCUACUUAUAUCAAAGAAGAGGAGGAGAAGGAGGACGAAGAAGAGGGAGAGGAGGAAAGUGGCUCCAUUCAGGUUGAAGAACAAGACUCUUUCGAGCUCCUGGAUGAAACAAGCCAUUCCAAGUACAGUCCCAAGUGCCACCCCUUUCAGAUGAGCCUAUGUACCAUCGUGUCCCUCACUGAAAUUAACAGCAGGAAGGCUUCUUGUCAUCCUAGUCAUCCAUCACCGUCACCCCCACCCUUCAAGGUCCUGGAUCGAUGCCGGUCUUUGCCCCUCUCUCAGAGCACCCCCAUGGGUUUGGACCAGGUGGGCUGGAGGAGACGCUUGCUUCUCAACCCAGCAAGCACAGCUCUAAACUCCAAGACCCUGGAAUCUCGGAGAGAAAGCCAAAGGAAGAAAAAAGCCAGCAAGCCCCGACAACCCGGAGCCGAACAAGUCUUCAUUAACAAACUGAUCAGCGGAGGUUCCAUCGUAAGUGCUGAGGCAGUAUGGGAUCAUGUCACUAUGGCCAACCGGGAGUUGGCGUUUAAGGCGGGUGACGUCAUCAAGGUCCUGGAUGCUUCCAACAAGGACUGGUGGUGGGGCCAGAUCGAUGAUGAAGAGGGAUGGUUUCCUGCCAGCUUUGUGAGGCUGUGGGUGAACCAGGAAGACGGUGUGGAAGAAGGGACCAGUGAGGUACAGAAUGGACACCUGGACCCCAAUGCCGACUGCCUCUGCCUGGGCAGAUCACUGCAGAACCGGGACCAGAUGCGGGCCAAUGUCAUCAAUGAGAUCAUGAGCACUGAGCGCCACUAUAUCAAGCACCUCAAAGACAUAUGUGAGGGUUACUUGAAACAGUGCCGAAAGAGACGGGACAUGUUCAGCGAUGAGCAGCUGAAAGUGAUCUUUGGCAAUAUCGAAGACAUCUACCGGUUUCAGAUGGGCUUUGUACGUGACUUGGAGAAGCAGUAUAAUAAUGAGGACCCACACCUCAGUGAGAUCGGGCCCUGCUUCCUGGAGCACCAAGAUGGCUUUUGGAUCUAUUCGGAAUAUUGUAACAAUCACCUGGACGCAUGCAUGGAGCUCUCCAAGUUGAUGAAAGAUGGCCGCUACCAGCACUUCUUUGAAGCUUGCCGCCUGCUACAGCAAAUGAUUGACAUUGCCAUUGAUGGCUUCCUCCUGACCCCAGUGCAGAAAAUCUGCAAAUAUCCACUACAGCUGGCAGAACUCCUGAAGUACACAGCCCAGGACCACAGUGACUACAGGUAUGUUGCAGCAGCCCUCGCCGUCAUGAGGAACGUGACCCAGCAGAUCAACGAGAGGAAGAGGCGUCUGGAGAACAUUGACAAGAUUGCCCAGUGGCAGGCCUCGGUCUUGGACUGGGAGGGGGAGGACAUCCUGGAUCGGAGCUCGGAGCUGAUCUACACUGGGGAGAUGUCUUGGAUCUACCAGCCGUACGGGCGCAGCCAGCAGAGGGUCUUCUUCCUCUUUGACCACCAGCUGGUCCUCUGUAAAAAGGACCUGAUUCGGAGAGAUAUCCUUUACUACAAAGGCCGCAUCGACAUGGAUAAGUACGAGGUGUUCGACAUCGAGGAUGGGCGUGAUGACGACUUCAACGUCAGUAUGAAAAAUGCCUUCAAGCUGCAUAACAAGGAGACCGAGGAAGUCCAUUUAUUCUUUGCCAAGAAACUAGAGGAAAAGCUUCGCUGGCUCCGGGCUUUCAGAGAAGAGAGAAAGAUGGUCCAAGAAGAUGAAAAAAUCGGCUUCGAAAUUUCUGAGAACCAGAAAAGGCAGGCUGCCAUGACUGUCAGGAAAGUCAGUAAGCAAAAAGGUGCCAACUACUCCCGAGCUGUCCCUCCGGCUUACCCGCCUCCCCAGGACCCAGUAAGUCAGGGACAGUACUUGGUGACAGACGGCAUCACUCAGUCCCAGGUCUUCGAGUUCUCGGAGCCCAAGCGAAGCCAGUCGCCCUUCUGGCAAAACUUCAGCAGGUUAACGCCCUUUAAGAAAUAGCGUCCAGUGGGGAAUGUCAGAUUUUAAAAAUAAAUAAAAUUAUAUUUCUAGAUGGACCUUUUUUCGGAAAAGCACUGUUGUGGUGAAUAUUUACAUGCAUAUAUAGAUACACAUAUACCCCCUGCGUAUGUAUAUAUGUAGAAAGAGAGAGAGAGAAAAAGAAAGAAAGACGGAUGGAAGGACCAAAAACGAACGAGUUUUCCCAUGUUCUGGGGGACAAGAGAACCCGUUACUAGAUAAGAAGAUGUACCAAUGACUUCUAACCAUGUGAUCCCACCUCGCCUUUUUCUGUUCUCUCUCCUCCUUUCAUUGAAAAAAAAAAGAAAAAAAUAAGAAAAAAAAGAACCUUUGCCUUUUCUGGUGUUCCCCCUAAUGACUUUCUGGUUACUCUGUGGUUGAUUCACUGAUCUGUCUUCUACAAUCAUGACUGUUGUGUUUUGAUUUCUUUUAGACAUAAAUGAUGGUGAUUUUCUUUGCCGUAGUUGGCUUUAGGGGGUAGGCUUGGAGAGUCUUCCCCCCCCCCACCCCACCCCACCCCACCCCACCCCCUCCUUUAAUUUGUCUUUGGAACCGGAAAGCGUACGGGGGUCAGCCUCUUUCCUUCUCCCUCCGCCUGUGGCGAAUGUUUCUGAAGACCCCCCUGCCCCUGAACGACAUUUCUCCCAGCAUCCUCUGUUCUCAGCUGUGCUAGUCAGGAUGUGCUCUGUCGUGCCCUGUGACAUUAACGCUAGGUAUUUCUAUUGCUUUUACUAUUUUCUAUAUGUUCGGGGGGAGGGGGUCGUCCCACCAAAACCAGGGGAGCAUCAGGGUUUUCUGAUCUGGGAGAUGCCUCCUGACCAAUUGGCUUCUGUGUACCUUUGAUCUCCCUCUCUGGGCUUGCUGGGUGCCCCCAGGACAUUGCAGUUGGAGAAGGGAUUGAGGAGUCGAGGGGAUGGGGACGCCUUUGGCCCCUUGCCUUCUUCUUUGGACAGAAUGCUCUGGCCCUGCCCAGUACAGUCUUGCUUCUUUACAGUUUCUAAGCUGAGAGCUCUGCCCUCGGAGGGCAGGCCAGGACUGUUGGCCUGGGAGGCCUCAGCUCCUCUUCCUUCAGGACUAGUUAAGAAGGUGGCACCUGAUGGUAGACUGAGGUCAGCAGACCUUCCUUUGGAACCCCUUGCCUGGCAGCCUGCAGAGCCCAGCCAGGACUUCCCCCCCAUUUGUGGGCUGUGGGGGGGCAGCCGAAGAGCUGGGAGGUAGAGUAUUGCCCCUCACCCUUCCAGAGGCUACCCUGCAGGCCCCACUGGGCAGGGAAGGCUGGUGAGUUCUGGGCAUCUAGUCUGAUGCUCACUGGCCUGGGGAGGGCCCAAGAUGUGAAAGAUCAGGGAAUGAUCUGGACAGAGUGGGAGCCUUGGCCUUGACCAAAGCAAGUUGGUUGCAAUAACCCAUCUGGAGGGGCAGGAACUGCCAAUCUACAUUUGUUACCAAAUUGCAUGGACAAUCACACCUUCCUCCCUCCUUCCCUCCCUCCUUCCCUCCCUCCUUCCUUCCCUCCUUCAUCCCUCCUUUCUUUCCCUCCCUCCCUCCUUCCUUCUUUCCCUCUCUCCCUCCUUCCUUCCCUCCCUCCCUCACUCCUUCCCUUCCUUCCUUUCCUCCUUCUUUCCCUCCCUCCCUCCCUCCUUCCCUUUCUUCCUUUCCUCCUUCUUUCCCUCCCUCCUUCCCUCCUUCCCUUUCUUCCUUUCCUCUUUUCCCUCCCUCCUUCCUUCCCUCCCUCCCUCCCUCCCUCCUUCCCUUCCUUCCCUCCCUUCUUCCCUUUCUUCCUUUCCUCCUUCUUUACCUCCCUCCUUCCUUUCCUUCCUCUCUUCCCUCCCUUCCUCUUUCCUUCCUUCCCUCUCUCCUUCCCUUUCUUCCUUUCCUCCUCCUUUACCUCCCUCCUUCCUUCUCUCCCUCCCUCCUUCCCUUCCUUCCCUCCCUCCUUCCCUUCCUUCCCUCCCUCCUUCCCUUCCUUCCCUCCCUUCUUCCCUUUCUUCCUUCUUUCCCUCCCUCUUUCCUUUCCUUCCUCUCUUCCCUCCCUCCCUCCUUCCUUCCUUCCCUCUCUCCUUCCCUUUCUUCCUUUCCUCCUUCUUUCCCUCCCUCCUUCCUUUCCUUCCUACCCUCCCUCCCUCCUUCCCUUCCUUCCUUUCCCUUCCUUUCUACCCCCUUUUCCUUUUCCUUCCCCACCAAUCACUUUCCCUCUCAGGAAGUCAAGUUUCCAUCAACUGACACAGUGAGUCUUUACUGAGUACCUGUGUGCCCAACCCUGUGCUGGGCACUGAGGAAAACUAAGACAAGUAAGGCCUGGUCCCUGUCCUCAGGGAACUCCCAUUCUAGUUGGGGGAGAAGGGGAAGUCCUGGGUCCAUCCCAAGCCCUUCCAGGCUGGUAGGUCAAGGGCAGGAAGCUAACAUGGCUUCCUUAGAGAAUUCCUUGAGCUGUGGAAGACCCAGCUUCCCUUUCUUUAUCUUCCCCAGUGGGAAUAAGGCAGGAUGCUGUAGGCCAGUAGCCAAAAUACUAGGAAAUGGGAAGGCCUUGCUCCAGCUUGGUGUCAACAGGGCUGAGGAGGUGAGCUCCCAAGCUUGGCACCCCAGUGCUCCAUUGUAGCUAGAAGGAAAAUGGGAGGUUUGGAUCCAGAGCGGACCUUAACAGUCCAACUCCCCCCAGUUUUUAGAUGAGGAAACUGAGACCCAGAGAGGGAAAUGGCUUGCCACUGGUCACACAGUUGGCAGUGAGGAUUAGAACCCAGAUCCUCUGACUUGAAUCAAUAAUUAGUCUGCUAUACAAUAGCUGUGUCAGGGGACACUAGCUUCCCUGGUUUAACUGUUCAGUGCCUCGAAAGGGAGCAGGAAUGGGACAUUUUGGGACAAAGGUUGGUGAGCCUGACCAGGCCACCCACAGGCAGAGCCUGGCAUCUUCCUUCUUGAGAAUGCCCUUAGAGAUCACAGUUGGCAACCCCUUAGCUCCUCUGUGUAGUCACAGCCAAGCCAGACUGUGGCCAGAGCAGAAGGUGGGCCUUUGUGGGAGGGGUGCAAACGUAUCGUAUGCCCUCAGCAGGGUGGCACUGGCCAGCCUGAAAGCUCCGGGCUUGGCCAGCAGGGCACUCCUCCUGAGGCAGGGGAUGAGGGUCCACUGCAAUGUCCUGGGUAGUUCAAUUCACCCACGUGAUCUGGGCAGCUGGAGUUUGUUCCUCCAGGUGGUUUGAGCAGAUGCCCACUUCACUGGGCUCAGUCAUGAUGGUGGGCCUGCCAAGAAUGAGCACUUGAGCAGCCUCCCCACUCAGGACCUGCCUACCCCUGUGCUGCCCACCCUUCAGGCUUCUGGGUGAGGGCUUAAUCAGCCCUGGCAUCCUCCCCAUCCCUACCUCUGCCACCCCAGGUACGUCCACGUAUUCUAGCAACUCCUUUGCCACUCUUGAUUUGGCCUUUCUUUCUUUCUUUCUUUCUUUCUUUCUUUCUUUCUUUCUUUCUUUCUUCCUUUCUUUCUGCACUCUAGGGAGGGCCCCUGGCCUGUAGUGUUGGAAACAGGCCAGCCACUGAGCCGAAGGGGGUUGGACUAAGUGGCCUGGCCACGAAUGGGCCAGCUGAUGUGGUGAGCUCGGGCUUCAGGAAGCUCUCUCCCAGUUCCCCCAGUGCUGCCACAUUCCUCAGACCACUUAGUGUUGUCAGUUCCUGCAUGGCGCGUUUUCCUAAGGAGACAGGAAGAGUGUUCCUGAGCUGAGUCCGGUUGGGUUUGCUUUCUUUUCUUUUUCAGUAGGGCACUCUGGCUAGGUGGGGAGGGAUUGAGGGAGGGGGGUGGGAGGGAGGGAGCCUGUAGCCAAAACUCCACAACACCUACCUAGGGCUUGAGCUGGAAUGCAAAUGUCGCCGUCGUCAUCGUCGUUGUUGCUGCCGCCGCCACCGCCGCCGCCACAGGGGGAGGUUGGCUGGGCCUUAGAUGGAGCCCGACAGUGACAUUUCUGUGCUCCCGGGUGGGCUGGGCUGGCUCUUGGGCGAUCCUGGUUUGGGCCUCCCCAGCUGUAUGCAUCUGCCAGUUUCAUUCUUCUGUUUAUAUCUGACUGUUUGACCCUAUCCAACAAAUGUCCGAGUUGUGUGUAAAAACAAAAAUGUGUUUAACAAAAAAUAAGUGCAAGAGAGAAAGAGAAGUGUUCUAAAGACACUGAGCCUUAUGAAAAUAUUUAUGGAGUUAAAUAAAAAGUCAAAAGAUAUGUCCA